AUGGCCUCGCGGGUGACCUGCCUUCUUCUCUCGCUGACCCUGCUGCUGAAUUCCUUCGCUGGGCUCCAGGGUUUGGAAUACUUUCAAAUGUCGCCCAAGAAGUUGGUCGCUGAACUUGGCCAGAACGUGAAGCUGACCUGCGAAGUGCUGUUGCCCACUGCGCAAGGAUGCUCUUGGCUCUUCCAGGAGCACGGCUCCGGACGUAAACCCACCUUCCUCGUCUAUCUCUCUUCGACCCGGAAAAAAUCGAAUGGCAAGCUAUAUUCAAGUCAGAUCUCCGGCGAGAAGAAAGGUGGUGAUCAGUACACCCUCACCCUGAGCAAGUUCAGCGAGGAAACCCAAGGCUACUAUUUCUGCUCUGUUACAAGCAACUCAGUGGUGCACUUCAGUCCUCUGGUGCCGGUCUUUCUGCCAGAGAAGCCGACCACGCCAGUGCCAGUGCCGCGACUACCCACACCACUGCCCACUACCGGGACACCCCGGUCCCAGCGACCAGAAGCUUGCCGGCCCGGGGCGGGCGUUUCAGUGAAGAAGAGCGGCUUGGACUUCGACUGUAAUAUCUUCAUCUGGGCACCCUUAGCCGGAAUCUGCGGGGUCCUUCUGCUGUCCCUGGUCAUCACGCUCAUCUGCUGCCACAGGAACCGAAGGCGUGUUUGCAAAUGUCCCAGGCCCCUGGUCAGACAAGGAGGCAAGCCCGGCCCUUCAGAGAAAUUCGUGUAAGAUGGCGCCAGAGACCUCUUCAUGCAAGAGAUCAAGCCCUCCUUUUUCAGUAUUUCCCACCUUCCUAUAUAUAUU